CUUUACUGCUCCAGAUCUGGCGACAACAAAGAAUAAUUGACGCCUCAUUACCUCCUUCGAAAAUUUCAGAAGUCUUCAUUCCUUGCCUUUCACCAGCAGGAACCGUUCUGCCCCCUCUGAAGCCUGCACGACAGCCAAGAGAGCCGAUAGCGGCGCUUGUUUACCUCCAAUUCUGAUCACAAUCAUCGAGACUCAAGCACACCUUCCAACCUCCAGUGGGCCCUCAAUACUCCUGUUGUCUCUCUGACCUCCUCUACCAGCCAUGUCGAACACGGACUUCCUAGGUCGAGCGAUCGACACGGUCAAAAAAGCCAUCGAACAAGACACGGCAGGCGCCUACGAGCAAGCCUACCAACAGUACUAUGCGGCACUAGAACUAUUCAUGCUUGCCCUGAAAUGGGAGAAGAACCCAAAAUCUAAAGAGAUGAUCCGCUCAAAAGCAGCAGAAUACAUGGACCGAGCAGAGAAACUAAAAGCGCACAUCCAAGCCAACGACUCGAGUAAUCGCAAGAAACCCGCGGCAAUGGGCGUGAACGGGAAAGCGGUCAACGGCGCCGGCAAAGGCGAAGCAGGCGACAAAGACGAAGAAGAUGCAGACAGCAAGAAACUACGAGGUCAAUUGACUGGUGCGAUCUUGACGGACAAACCGAACGUGAAAUGGGAAGACGUUGCCGGACUAGACGCGGCGAAAGAAGCACUCAAAGAGGCGGUCAUCUUACCCAUCAAAUUCCCACACCUGUUCCAAGGCAAGCGACAGCCGUGGAAGGGGAUAUUACUUUAUGGCCCGCCUGGUACAGGUAAAUCAUACCUCGCCAAAGCUGUGGCCACGGAGGCGAACAGCACUUUCUUCAGCGUCAGCUCUUCCGAUCUCGUCAGCAAAUGGAUGGGUGAGUCAGAACGAUUGGUCAAGCAGUUGUUCAACAUGGCGAGAGAGAACAAGCCUGCGAUUAUAUUCAUCGACGAAGUAGACGCUCUUUGCGGGCCAAGAGGCGAAGGCGAGUCCGAAGCUUCAAGGCGUAUCAAGACAGAACUGCUCGUGCAGAUGGACGGUGUCGGCAAGGAUUCAAAGGGCGUUUUGAUUCUCGGCGCCACAAACAUCCCCUGGCAACUGGACGCUGCCAUCCGACGGCGUUUCCAACGGAGAGUGCACAUUUCUCUUCCCGAUAAGCCCGCGCGAAUGCGCAUGUUUGAGCUCGCGGUCGGAGACACGAAAUGCGAAAUGACCCAACAAGAUUAUAAGACGCUAGCUGAUUUGAGCGAGGGUUACUCGGGAAGUGAUAUCAGUAUUGCCGUCCAAGAUGCGCUGAUGCAACCGGUCAGGAAGAUCCAGACGGCAACACAUUAUAAAAAGGUCAAUGUAGACGGCGUCGAAAAAUUGACGCCCUGCUCGCCCGGCGACGUAGGGGCCAUGGAAAUGACCUGGGUGGAUAUUGAAUCCGAGCAACUUCUAGAACCACCCCUGACCGUCAAGGAUUUCAUUCGCGCCAUCAAGGCCUCGAGGCCGACAGUCUCUGGUGACGAUCUAAAAAAGAAUGCGGACUGGACGGCCGAAUUCGGCAGUGAGGGUGCAUAGUUCCAGAUAUCUUCAGAUCGAUUUUCGCCCACGAGUUUUUGACUUGGCCGAGAAGGGGAGUGAGAGCCAGCGCGGCAGUGGCAGUGGGGAGACAAUCUGUUGUGUUGCGUGUGUGUCAUCCGGGCAAGUGUUUAUGAGAGCAUGAGCAAAGGCGUUUUCUCUGGCGUUUCUCUCUCCUUUUUGUCGGUGGAAUGAUCUGCGCUUCAGCCUGUCUGGGAAUCGGAUUGGAUUUGCUUUGCAAAAUGAGUUACUGUGUCCAAAGUAAAUCGGCCGGCGGUCUUUUGGCCACGCAGAAUCCAGUAUUGGGCCCUGGUCUGGGUAGGGUUGAUUGAUGGGACAAACAGAUGGAUGAGAAGGAUACAUGGAAUGAAUGGCUUACAUACUACAUACUCUUCCAUGGCAGGCCUAGAAAAGAAAGAUUCUACAAUUGGCAGAUGGAAAAUGAAUUCUCAAACAAAUCAACA